CAGCUAAAGGCGACAGAUUCUCUGGUUCGACAGUGAAUACAUAUGCUGUAGCUUGAAGGAGUUGCAACGAUCGACAAGAUAUUUCGUCCUCGAUGGAACAUGGCCGCAAAUAAACACCCUAAAGGCUUUACAGGUUUUCUUUCCCCUGGACAACUGACUUUUUCUUUCUUCUGCUCGCUUCGCAAGUAGAACCGCCACCGCUGUCUUCUAUUUUUGGUCGCUACAGACCGCCUUAAGAGAGUCACAUAACACCGCCCCGCGAAGAACACAUACCCAGGAUCAUCGCUGUUUGAAACGUUACUGUCUCGCGGAGACGCGCGCGAGCCCAUCAUGUCGUCGGCUGUAGCGGAGCUGGAUAGCUACCUUCGGUCCAUGCUGGCUUUGAAGCCUCCCGGGAUUACAGGCUCCAAGGUUCACAGUAUCACCAGACUGUGCACCGCCAAUGUUCAAGAUGAACCCGUUCUCAUCCAAAAAGUCUACACCCACUUCAAGAAGGUUCCCGCCACCCACAAGCUGGGCGAUCUCUAUGUGGUCGACUCUAUAGCCCGGCAUGGGUGGACGCCACUCGCAAAGGCUGGCCGGUCUCCACGAAGCGCCGCGCCGGAUGGGACCUACGCUGGUGGUGUCGAUCGAUUGACCAAGUUGUUGCCCGUGUUGAUGACCGACAUCAUCGACAAUGCCCCGCAAGAUCAAAAGUAUCCACCGUCCGUCGGAUCUUACCCUCAUCCUCUUCUGAUUCCAUCGCUUCUGGCAUGGUUCAUAGAUGUUCAGUCCACCACGUCCAAAGGCUCACCGCGCAGCUUCAAGCCUGCCAAUGGCUCGCCCGCGGCAACAGAUACCAUCGGCGAACUCAAGCCGCUGGCCGAUAUGGCUAAACAGAGCGCGGUGACGUCUGCUUCUCCCAACCCGCUCGCUACCCUGACCCCAUCAGCCGCGGCUCUGCAUCUUGUCUCAUCUGUCGAUUCAUCUCUCCUGCCACCCUCAACGGCUAACCCAUACACAGGUGUUGCUGCUGGUGCUGGCGCCAUGGUCAAUCCAUUUGCCACUCUUGGUGCUGUUGGCGAGAACCUUGCCAUACCGCAGCCCCGCGGCCAUAGCCAGACCCUGAGCCCAUUGGUAGCAAUGCUUCCGCAGUGGCCAGCCGCCGCUCCGGCGAUGGAUGGAAAGGCGAUGUCACGGCAGAUUCCCCCGCUGCAAUUACUGUCGCAACAGGGCAUCUCGCAGGACCAGUGGGUUGCGGCCCUGCAACUCGUCACUAUAGCCGAUACCAUGGGUGCUGCCAACCCCGCUCAGCUUCCUGGAUUUGGCGCGAUACCCUGCCAGGGCUCUGGUGGCGGGGGCCACCCGGACGUGCAGAACCGUGUCGACAGUGCUCGCGGGAGGGAUCGUGACCACUCUCGCUCUCCUCCCGCUGGGUACGGCUGUCCUUCUCACCUGCCCGGUUGGGAUCAACGUCACUCCGCCUCGCCGCCUCGCCGCCACGACAGGCCGGUGCACGACCAGUAUUGCAGUGAUUCCACUGGGCGCCAGGGUGAUCCUCGCGAUGCUGGAGGUCGUCGGAGUAACGAAUACCGUAAACGUAGUCCUCCGCACUGGAAACGCUUGUCUCAUUCCCCGCUGCGGACAGACCAUAAUCUCCCCUCGUCUGGUCCUAAGCUCGUUGAGUGGGACUAUUCCAUCGGCCCGGGUAACAUCAAGGUUCUGAGCCGCACCCUCUUCGUCAGUGGCAUCUCCUCCGAGGCCCGCCUCCGUUCGCUCUUCAACAAAUUCGGCGUCGUUCAGACCUGUAUUGUCAACAUUAAGAAGCGUCAUGCGUUCAUUAAGAUGAUUAGCUGCCAGGAUGCGGUGAGCGCUCGCGAAGGAGUAGAGUCAUUCCGUUCAGGCGAGAUGCAACUCCGCACACGAUGGGGUGUCGGUUUCGGCCCGCGUGACUGCAGUGACUAUCAGACUGGCAUCAGCGUCAUUCCGAUCGAGCGACUUACCGAUGCGGAUCGCAAAUGGCUGCUCACGGCGGAGUAUGGUGGCACCGGAGGUCGCCCCAUACAGUCGGGAAUGGUUGUCGAGGAGCCAGAUAUCGAAAUUGGUGCUGGCCUCUCAUCCAAGGCCAUCAGUCAACGCAUUGCGGCAGGCACUGGCGGCAAGCGUGGCCGGAACUCAGACUGCUUUGGCGGCGGUCGCGGCGGACAUCCAGACCGUAAUGGUUUUGGCCUUCGCCGCAAUUGA